AUGGAAAUCACAGCCAAAUGCGUCAUCAACGGCGCCGUCUCAGCGAAAAUCCUCACCAGCGGGACUGGAUUGAGCGUAUGGGGCGGCGUCGACCCCACGACAGGCCGUAUCCUGGAUCGCCACCAUCCCCUGUGGGAUCAGUCGGUGGCUGGUCGAAUCCUAGCAAUCCCCUGCAGUCGGGGCUCUUGUUCCGGGAGCACCGUCAUACUGGAGCUCCUGCUCAAUGCGCAGGCCCCCGCGGCGCUGGUCUUCGAGCAACCCGAGGAGAUCAUGACCCUGGGCGUCCUAGUGGGGAAAACGCUCUUCAACCGGUCCAUACCGGUCGUGGUGCCUUCGCCCGCCGGUUUUCGACAGCUCCAAGACUACCAGUUCGCGACCAUCGAGGGCAACCGGGUCCAUCUCAGCCAAAUCCAGCCUAUACGCCCCGCUCUCCCCACGGAGCCCGCCGUAGAGAACCACGUCGAGCUCUCCCCGCACGACCGGAAGAUCCUUGCAGGGGAGCAAGGUCCAGGGCCCAAGAUCGCCCUCGAGUUACUGAUCCAGUUCGCCACCAUCCAGGGCGCCCCUCGCCUAAUUGACGUCUCCCGCGCGCACAUUGACGCCUGCAUUUACACCGGCCCAGCCAGUCUCCGCUUCGCGCAGACCUUCCACGCCCUAGGGGCGCGGUUCAUGCUCCCGACGACCCUAAAUGCUAUAUCCAUCGACCAACGUCGCUGGAAGGAGAUCGGCCUAGACGCCGAGCUAUCCGCCCAGGCCGGUGCCCUAGCCGACACGUACGUGUUGAUGGGCGCCCAGCCCAGCUUCACCUGUGCGCCUUACACGCUAGACUCCCCGCCCGGUGUCGGGGAGGACAUCGGCUGGGCCGAGUCCAACGCCGUCGUAUUCGCUAACAGCGUCCUGGGCGCGCGCACCCAAAAGUAUCCCGACUUUGUCGACGUCUGCAUUGCCCUGACGGGACGGGCACCCGCUGCGGGGUGUCACCUCCCGGACGGACGCAGACCGCAGCUGUGCAUCCAGGUGGAGGGUCUGUCCGCCACCGACGACGAAGAUGACUCGAUCUAUCCGACCCUGGGCUACCUCGUCGGCCAGCAAGCGCAGCAGCGCAUCCCGCUCGUCUGCGGUCUUGAGUCCCUACACCCAACAACCACCGACCUUAAAGCGUUCAGCGCUGCCUUCGGCACGACCGGCUCAGCUGCCAUGUUCCAUAUACGCGGGGUCACUCCUGAGGCUGCCCAGGUCGCAGCCAUGGAAAGCGACCUCCCACAGAUUCACGUCACUACCUUAGACCUCGCCACAUGCCGGCAGGCCCUCAACUCGGCGGUCGAUCCAUCCGUCAGUCUCGUCUCCCUCGGGAACCCGCAUUUCACCCUCGACGAAUUCGCCCGUCUGGCCCGCCUCUGCACGGGGCGGAUCAAGCACCCCGCCGUCGCGGUGGUGGUCACCACCAGCCGUCAGACGCAGCAGCGCGCCGAGGCCGAGGGGUAUCUGGCGACGGUGGAGGCGUUCGGGGGCACGAUCAUCACCGACACGUGCUGGUGCAUGCUGGGCGAGCCGGUCGUGCCGCCGGGUGGGCGGAAUAUCAUGACCAAUUCGGCGAAGUAUGCGCAUUAUGCGCCGGGGAUGGUGAAUCGGGGGGUGCAUUUUGGGUCGUUGGCGGAAUGUGUGGAGGGGGCUGUGCGGGGAUUCCACCAGUGA